AUGACACCCUUGCUUCUGCUGUGUGUGUCCUUGCCCCUCAUCUCAGCAACAAUAUUAUUUGAAGAUCUUGACGACUUGGAUGGCACGUUCCGUGUCAGCAUCCCUCUGGAGAUGCCUCUCCGUCCUCUGCUGGGAGACAAGGUAGUGGUACCUUGUUACUUCCAGGACAACACCGUCAACGACCCCGGAGCCCCAAAUAACGCCCUGCUCUCCCACCGCAUCAAAUGGUCCUACGUCACCAAGGAGAAAGUCACCACCAUCCUGGUGGCGUCAGAGGGAAAAGUUCAGGUGGAGACAGAGUAUUUGGACAGAGUGACAAUGGUCAACUACCCCCUGGUGGCCAAUGACGCCACCUUGGAGAUAACAGAACUGAGAUCCAAAGACUCUGGCACCUACCGCUGCGAGGUGAUACACGGUAUCGAGGAUAACUACGACUCUAUGGACAUCCAGGUUCAGGGUAUUGUGUUCCACUACCGAGCCAUCUCCACCCGCUACACCCUGACGUUUGAGAAGGCCAAGGCAGCCUGUAUCCAGAACAGUGCCACCAUCGCCACACCAGCCCAGCUCCAGGCUGCCUAUGACGAUGGAUACCACCAGUGUGAUGCUGGGUGGCUCUCUGAUCAAACUGUUAGGUACCCCAUCCAUGAGCCCCGUGAGCGCUGCUAUGGAGACAAGGAGAACUUUCCAGGCGUGAGAACCUAUGGAGUGAGAGACGUCAACGAGACCUACGACGUGUACUGUUUUGCUGAGAAGAUGUCAGGCAGGGUCUUCUACUCCAUGUCUGUAGAGAAGUUUUCUUUCUAUGAAGCAGGGGAUCAGUGUGCCAAACUCGGCGCCCGGCUUGCUACCACCGGAGAACUUUACCUGGCCUGGAAGGCCGGCAUGGAUGUGUGCAAUGCUGGCUGGCUGGCAGACAGGAGCGUGCGCUACCCCAUUAACAUCGCCAGGCCUCAGUGUGGAGGGGGGCUUCUGGGAGUGAGAACUGUCUACCUGUUCCCCAACCAGACAGGAUACCCCUACCCGGACUCUCACUACGACGCUAUCUGCUUCCAAGCUGGUGAGUAUGAAGCUGUCGUGCCUGUGAGGACCACCCCUUUCCCAGACGUCAUCCGCAUAACACCCGCCCCUGGCGUGUACCCAGGCCUCACUCCCCUACCUGGGGGUGAAGAGAUCAGGGGUGGAGAAGUGGACACCCUCUCCCCGCUGCCCGUCCCACCCAGUGUGACGGACACAUACACUAAAGUGACUCCUGUUGUACAUGAGCCUGGACUCGAUCUGACAGGCAUAGAUGCUGCCAUGGGUCCCACAGGUGUGGUGUUCCACUACCGACCCAUCACUGGUCGGUACACUCUGACCUUCCUGGAGGCUCAGCAGGCCUGCCAGAGUAUUGGGGCGGUCAUUGCGAGCCCCCAGCAGCUGCAGGCAGCCUUUGAGAAAGGCCUGCACCAAUGCGACGCCGGCUGGCUCCGUGACCAGACUGUCAGGUAUCCAAUCGUGUCACCCAGAGAUAACUGUGCAGGUAAUCUGCCACACCUUCCAGGAGUCAGGUCCUAUGGCUUGAGGCCAGCCAGUGAACUUUACGAUGUGUUUUGUUAUGUGGAACAUCUGCAAGGUGAGGUCUUCUUCACCAGUGACUAUGACAGUUUCUCCUAUGAGGAGGCUGUGCAGCACUGCCAGAAACUGAACACCACCCUGGCCACCACCGGGCAGCUGUACGCCGCCUGGAACCAAGGGUUUGACAAGUGCCGUCCAGGCUGGCUGUUGGACCGCAGUGUCCGCUACCCCAUCACCACCCCCAGGUCCCACUGUGGAGGCGGCCAGGUGGGGGUUCACAUCAUCUACGCCUACCCCAACCAGACAGGAUUCCCUGAUGAGCACUCACGCUAUGACGCAUACUGUUUCAAAGCCGAAGUUCCAGCUGUCGACACUGAAACUGAGACUUUCGUAAAUCUGACAAUAGAGACUGUGGACGUUAUCAACAAGACAACAGUCACAGUCGAUCACUUUGCUCCCACUGUUGAAACCACUGUAGUCUACAAUGAAACCGAGACCAGUAUAAAUAUAACUGAUACAGAGGUGUUUAUCAACAAGACAACCAUCACAACUCACCACGUUGCUCCUACUGUGAGUUCCACUUUACCCCCAGUCCCUGUUGAUGUCUCAGGCUCUGGUUCAGCUGAUCAUUCAGCCAGCGGGGAGAUCUCGGGAGAGUCUGGCACUUCCAGUACCAGUGGUGACGCCAGUGGUUCAGGACAGGGCAUCACCUACAGCGGACACACUGACAUCUUCUCCGGAGACCAGUCUGCCUCUGGAGGUCUCCAGGAGGCAGAGGGGGGAAGUGCUGUCAUCUUCACAUCUGGAGAACUGGGUAGUGCUUCCGGAUCUGGGGAGGGGAUUAGUGGACAACAGUCUGGCUUCAGCAUUUCAGGAUCAGGUUUUACCAGUGGAAGUGGGGAUAUCAGUGGCAGCGGAGACUUGAUGAUCAUCAUGGUCGAUGGAAAGAUGGUGGAGGUGUCGAAAACCCACGGACAACCUGAUGAGCAGGUGUUAGGCGAGGGAGGCAUCAAGAUAUUUGAAUCAAGUACAUCCGGAUCAGGAAGUACAUCAGGGUCAGGCUCUGGUGGAUUUUCUGGCAUCUCAUUUAUCGACCACAGUGGCAUUGACGCGACAGUUCAGCUAUCCGGUGAGCAGGAGGUGUCCGGAUAUCGUCCUUCUGGAUCAGGUGGCUUUUCCAGCGGCUUUCCCAGUGGCUUUUCCAGCGGCUUUCCCAGCGGCUUUCCCAGCGGCUUUCCCAGCGGCUUUCCAUCCGGUGUUUCAGGGAGCGGCUCUGCCUCUGGAGACACUUUUCAGCAACGUGGCGAUGUCAUCUACGUAACAGAUGAAGAGAUGAUUGAAGUGACCGUACCGCCGCUGGUGCGCUACCCUCAGCAGGGCCGGGGGGUGGUGGAGGUAAGCGGGUCAGGAAGUGGGUCAGGGAUCCACCAUGAAUUCAGCGGCACUUUGGAGCAAAGCUUGCACGUCUCAGGAAGCGGGGCCCUUCAUGAAAACCCAACUGCUGAGAGGCUUUCCGUCGCCCUGCCACCUGGAUCAACGAUGACUUACUCAGAGUACAAUGACAGUCCUGGUCAAUCAGGACAUGGGGAGGAGGAACAGGAAGGCCGCACAGUUGAAGUUGUGACUCCCGACGCAGCCUACACCAGCCCAACCACAGCACCGUCUGUGUCAUUGGCAUCCCCUGUCGUAGUGGAGCAGCCUGAAGUAGUGGAAGCCUCUGCAGACCCUUGUGAUCCAAACCCCUGCGGUUCAGGAUCCUGCUCUGCGCAGGGAGAGCUUGCUGUAUGCCAGUGUCCCAAGGGCUUCACUGGUGAAGACUGCUCAACACCGGUACAGGGCUGUGCCGAAGGCUGGCUGGAGUUCAUGGGCAGCUGUUACCUUCACUUUGCGGAGAGAUAUACCUGGUCUGAUGCUGAGCAGCGCUGUCAGGAGCUCAAUGCUCACCUGGUCAGCGUCGGCUCCCAGGAGGAGCAGGAAUUUGUCAACUCCAAUGGUCAGGACUACCAGUGGAUUGGACUUAAUGACAGAGAUGUGCAGAGUGAGUUCCGCUGGACAGACAACAGUCCUCUGACCUUUGUGAACUGGAGGCCCAACCAGCCGGAUAACUACUUCAACUCUGAGGAGGAUUGUGUGGUGAUGAUCUGGCAUGAGGGCGGACAGUGGAAUGACGUGCCCUGCAACUACCACCUUCCCUUCACCUGCAAGACCGGCCCAGUCAUGUGCGGAGCUCCCCCCGAGGUGGAACAUGGCCGGCCGAUGGGCAGCACCAGAGAGCGCUACCCCAUCAACUCUAUAGUCCGCUACCAAUGUGAUGCAGGCUACACACAGCGCCACCUGCCUGUCAUACGCUGUAUGCCAGACGGACAGUGGGGGGAACCACAAGUGGAAUGUACAGAAGCCGGCGCCAACAGUAACCGGCUACACAAAAGAUCCCUCAGGAGAAGAAGUAAAGGGGUCAGCAGCCAACAGGAACAGAGGAAGCUGCUCUGAGCAGGACUGAAAGGACAUACAGAGCCACAAAGGACCCCUCUUGUAAAGAAGCAUGGACACCAAUGCAAAUGCCCGACC